AUGGUUGCCGUGCAGCCGUCUAACUUAGACGGAUUUAAGCUCGUGCACGAGGCCGUGAGUUUGAACUUGCCGGUUAUUGUGAUGUCGACUAAUGCUGACCCGAUCCUCGCAAAGUGCGCCAUAGAAGACGGAGCUUUCCUUUUCAUGCAAAACCCGCCGUCUCAUGACGAGUUGAAGUAUUUAUGGCAGCAUUUAUUGAGGGAAACUACUACUCGAAAAAAUAAAGAAAAGGGAAAAUCGAGAGUUGAAAACUCGUCGAUGAAUAAGGGAAUUGGUCAGGGCUCGGGAAUAAAGCCAAAGAUGUGCACCGAGUGGACUUUGGAGCUUCAUGAGAAGUUCAUGACUGCUGUGAAGAUACUUGGUGAAGGAAGAUGUUUUCCGAAAGACAUACUCGAGCUUAUGAAUGUCCCAGGGCUAACGAGAAUGCAAGUCGCUAGCCAUCUGCAGAAAUGCCGACACGGGUGGCAGCCAUCGGAAGGGCGCCGGCAAAAAGCUCCGAAACCGUCUAAUCCGAACCAAAAAGGGCCAAAGAAAUACGGGAUUUUUCCGCGACUUGCAAGAGGCACUCAACCUCAAAUCCAUCCGCAAAACGACCAAAAUGUGGAAAUUCCUAGCAACAUUAAUAUGGAAAGUUCGACAAUGAUGCCUGAUUUAUUGCAUGGUUCCCAAAAUACGGGAUUUCAGGGGAUAUGGGUUGAUGUUACGUGUCCAAACAACAACAACAACAACAACAUGAAUAAUGAGAUAUUUUCGAAUGAAAAUGUGGUUAAUAAAGAAAACUCAUUCGACUAUGCUGCUGCUGGUGAAGAUGUCCUGAUUCCAAAUAACUUCUACUUCAACGAGUUUGAUUGGGAUAACGUUUUUUGGAAUUCGUGGGUUUCGAACUUCUCAAAGGAGCUUUGA